AUGGGGCGCAGGCGGCGGCGGGCGCGGGCCGGGCGGGCGCUGGGGCUGGCGGGGGCCGCGCUGGGAAUGGCCGGGCUGGGGCUGGUGCUAGCGGCCUGGGCCUGGGCCCGGAGCCCCCCGAGGGAGCUGCCGGAGGAGAUGCCGGGCGCGCUGGAGCUGCUGGUGCCCCCUGUUGGCCGCAGCCCCCAGGGCUGGUUCCUGCAGCACCUGGACCAAGAGGAAGCGCCGCGGGAGAGGAGAUCGGUGUCCAGGGGGAAGAGGCCUCGCUCAAAACCUGUUGCUGCACACUAUAAAGGGCCUGACGGGACCAUCCGGGGCUGGGAGGAGACGCUCAAUGCCACGAAACCCUUGAACUACAAUCCGGCCAGCGGGGAAUUUGACGUCCUCCGGAAGGGCCUGUACUACCUGUACUGCCAGGUGCAUUUCAACGAGGGGCGGACAGUGUACAUCAAGCUGGACGUGGUGGUGGACGGGGUGCUGGCCCUGCGGUGCCUGGAGCAGUUUCCCCCGACCAGCGCCGGCCCGCAGGACCCCGAGCUGCACGUCUGCCAGGUCUCUGGGCUCCUGCUCCUCCAGCCGCGCUCUGUCCUUCGCCUCCGCACCAUCCGCGACGUGAGGCUCAAGGCUGAGCCCUAUCUCACCUUCUUUGGCCUCUUCCAGGUGCACUGA